AUGGCUGCGCCCCCAGUGGUUCACCUAGUGUUGGCCCACCUGCUGGUGGCUCUCUUUGGCAUGGGCUCCUGGGCAGCUGUCAAUGGAAUCUGGGUGGAGUUGCCUGUGGUGGUCAAGGACCUCCCCGAGGGUUGGAGUCUCCCCUCAUACCUCUCGGUGCUUGUGGCUCUGGGGAACCUGGGUCUGCUGGUGGUGACGCUGUGGGGGCGGCUGGCUUCCGGCAAGGGCGAGCGCACCCGUAUCCGUGCAGUGCAGGCGUUGAACGUGAUGGGCACAGCUCUGCUGGCUCCCCUAUGGCACAGCCUGGCACCAGUAGCAGGACAUCCACACUCGGUGGCCUUCCUGACGUUGACUCUAAUCCUGGCGCUGGCCUGCUGCGCCUCGAACGUGACUUUCCUGCCUUUCCUGAGCCACUUAUCUCCUCCCUUCCUACGAUCCUUCUUCUUGGGUCAGGGCCUCAGUGCCCUGCUGCCCUGCAUGCUGGCCCUGGCACAGGGGGUUGGACGCCUUGAAUGCCCACCAGCCUCCAAUAGCACCCAGGGGGUCCCCCACUACUUCCCAGAGCGUUUCUCGGCCACUUCCUUCUUCUGGGCACUGACCGUCCUUCUGGUCACCUCGGCUGCUGCCUUCCAUGGUCUGCUGUUGCUCUUGCCAUCCCUGCCACCACCGUCUGUACCCACGCGGAGCUCAAGUUCGAGCCUUCAAGUAGGGGCCCCACGAGCUGGUCCUGAGGGGGGGGAUGGACAGGAAGAGGUCUUGCCUCUACAGGAGCCACUGAGCCCGGCAGCGGGCACCACCCCCAGCCCCAAUCCCAAGGCCCACGGCCUGCUGUCAGCUCGCAGCGGCUGCCUGCUGGGCCUUCUCGCUGUUACCAAUGCGCUGACCAAUGGGGUGCUGCCUGCUGUACAGAGCUUCUCCUGCCUCCCCUAUGGCCGCCUGGCCUACCACUUGGCCGUAGUGCUGGGCAGCACCGCCAACCCACUUGCCUGCUUCCUGGCCAUGGGCGUGCUAUGCAGGUCCCUGGCAGUCUUGGCUGCACUCUCUCUGCUGGGUGUACUCUUUGGGACCUACCUGAUGACACUCGCCGUCCUAAGCCCCUGCCCACCCUUGGUGGGCACCUCUGUAGGGGUGGUCCUUGUGGUGGUGUCGUGGGUUCUGUGUCUGGGCUUGUUCUCCUAUGUGAAGGUGGCAGCGAGCUCCCUGCUCCAUGGCGGUGGACGGCAGGCACUGCUGGCAGCAGGUGUGGCCAUCCAGGUGGGCUCCCUGCUUGGGGCUGUGGCCAUGUUCCCUCCCACCAGUGUCUACCACGUGUUCCGCAGCGGGGAGGACUGCUUGGUCGUGUGUGGCCCCUGA